UGGCGUCGGUACAUCUGUCAUAUUGUGUACGUUGUGAAUUUAUGCUGUCAAAAACAAAUCUUGUUUUGCGCUGUGUGAUUUACAAGACUGCUAUUAAUAAGGAUACAUAUCAUUAACAAUUGCGUGCAUAACUCUAUAGUUAACGACAUGAAGGUCGACCGUUGAAAGCAUAUCGCUAUUACAAUAUCUGUACUUCGACUCAGAUAAAUAUUUAAAAUAUGACUUCAAAUAGAGAGGAGGGUCCUGUUUAUUACAGGGAAAUCCAGAAGAAUUCCUUCCUUAAGAGGAUACCAAAUGAUGUUAAUAACAGUAAACUAAGGCCUCUUACACAUAAGAAGCAACAACUCAAACCGAUGUGGACAUUAUUCUGUGUACAUAAUGGACGGACACCGUUUUUAGAACAGUAUCCCGAGCCAGAUUCUCCAACAACCUUAACACAUCGACCAACAUGGAGGGUAUGUCUAAAGUCAGCGAGACAUGUAACGGCCAGCGUUAAACCUCACACUGGUGAUGAAUAUGACUUCCUGAUAGAUACAGACCAAGGUCCUGUGAGAAUGUUAGCUCCGGAUUGGGAUUCAAUGCAGGAAUGGGUGACCACCCUUAGGAACAAAUUACAUGAACUGAAGAUCCUGGGUAAGGGUGAGAAUGUGUACUGCGCGGCGCCGGUCGCCCCCGCCCCCCGCGCGGCGGCACGGGACCCCACCUCCCCCCUACCCCCAACACCACCUGUGCCUCCAGAUAGAGUACCAGGUAUUGAAUUAAACACACAAACCAGACAACCGGAAACCAGUGAACAAACUGAACCAACCGAAACCGAACCAGAAACCCAAAUAGAAACAGAACAGGAGACCGAAGCAAUUGAUAUAUCAAAUUGGGAUGUAACAUUACCUAGUACCAGUCAAAGUGAUCCUAAGAAAAGUGUUACUAAAAUAUGUGGUCAAAAUAUAUGUUUGGAUGAUUCUAUAUUAAAAAGGAAUACGGAAAUAACAGAUAGUGAUGAAGAGUUCUUCACAGAAAUAGAUAGGAUUCACGAAUCUAUGGAGAAUCUAUCGAUUAAUGAAAAUAAUUACACACAAAGGGUGGUUGUUACUAACAAUAGUGAAAACAAUGGUGAAGAUUCACAAAGCCUACCCCAAAGAACGAAUGUAACAGUAAUUCAAGUCUCCAAUAAAGGUCCUCCGCACACAGCCAUUCCAGUCCUAGGUCCAGAAACUGAUGUUUUUGACUUCAAUUUUAAACAAAACGUGACAGUUUCACCUGACACUGGUCAAAGUGACCAACAUAGCUUUAUAAAUAUAGUCAAUACUGAAAUAAACGUUCAAAAUACCAACGAAAAUGACUAUGGGACGAUAUUCUCCAAAAACGAUGAUUACGGCCAUUUAAGUUUGACAACCACUGUCAGUCUGACAGGAGAAGCUGUCAAAGCGACAGAUGACAUCUACGAAAGAUUAUGUAUGGCGUCCACGUCCAGAGACAAGCCGACGUCGCCGUUGCCAGUUAAUAAAAUUAAAAAUAUGGACAAAAUCAGGAAAUCGUCUUUACCUAAUUUGGAAUUAUCAUCGGAAUCUGAUUAUGAAUAUUUAUACCCUAAUACUAGUCGGAAUAGGAAUAAUACUACUAAUGUUACUUUAAAUGUGACUGAAGAUUCUACUAAUGGUCGUUCGGAAGUUAACUCGAACGAAACUCGAACGAAUGUGACGAAUGCUAUACAGUCUGUUAGUAAUUUGAACCCUAAUACAAGGGUGUUAAGAACCAAUGUUGAAAGAUCUCAUAGUCAGAACGCUUGUGAUGGUGCUGGAAGAUUGAAAGAAAAUUUGUUAAGAAAAGUACAUAAUAGUCCGAAGAGAGAAGCUAAAAAUGAUAAAAAUGAGGCCCCCAAGCCAAUUUGGAAGCGUGGUUUAACAGAGUUGUCUUUGUUAAGUCGGCUGAGAGGUUUGGGUCAAGGAAAGAGACAAGAAAGUCCGACAAGACAAGAGGAACCAGGAGACAGGGUAACGUCUCCAGUCAAAGUUGUACAUAGAUCGAGACCUCAAGGUAGAGUCGACAGCAGUAGGAGAAGAAGUAACUCUCUCAGUAAUGGCCAGUCACCCCCAAACCCCCUAUCUGCGGGAUCGAUGGUCCCAUUACGCGCGCGCCAGGCGGCGGCAUUACGUGCCGAGCAGCGCCGGGGGGCGGCUGUCGCUACAUCGCUCUCUGUCAGAGACCCCCCGAUAUUUGUGGACUACGAGCGACAUGUGUGGAUAGGUAGAUGGGGCGUGGCGGGGGCGCGCUGCGGCGGGCGCUGCGGGGACCGCGUGGCGGCGCUGUGCGGCGCGCAGCCCACCUCCGCCGCGCACGCGCGCGCGCUGCUCAAGGCCGCGCACUCGCCGCUCGUAGAUAUAUUAUUCCACCGGGUGCCGCUCGGCAAGAUAUAUGUGAUAAGCAAAAGAGAUAGAGAAAGUAUAGGUAUAAAACUAGACGGGGAGUGUUCGAUCAGCGCAGUGGAGGGGGGCUCGGCGGCGCGCGCCGGCCUGCCGCCCCCCGGCAAGUGGGCCGUCACUGAAGUUAACAAUAGACCGAUAGAUUUACUAAAGGGCGGUGAAGAAGAAAUGACCCGUCUAAGUAUGCACGGUACUGAAGUGUCCAUAUUAAUACAGCCCGCAGCUUUUGUGAAGAAAUUACGAGCAGCUAUCAAAUCUAAUAAAUCUUUAUUAACUAUAAGAUAAAGUUCAAAAUUAUACUAUUUUAAUUAAAAAAUUUAAGCGCCUGUUCCA